AGAUGUUGAUCAUGAAAGCGCAGGUGGAUGUGGUCUGCUGUAAAUCAGUAGGAACUGAUCUGUCCAUGCUGGAUAUUGAGGAUUUCAUCACAGAAAUCUGUCAGCUGAAGAAAGUGGUGGCUUCACUGGAGGCAAAGCUAAGAGAAAGAGGAGACAAACUGAACAGAGAGGAUGUGGAGCAGGUUUGGGUGCGUGAGACUGAUGGGACAGAAGCUCAGGAUUCAGUCUGGAGCGUCAGAGAUCAGAGAUCCAGAGACACACAGGACUCAGAGCUCAGCCUCACUUUACUCUGUUAUACUGACGCUCAGGAUCAUGAAUCCACUGAUCAAACCUCUGACUGUAACGCUGGAGAACAGCAGAUGCUGCAGACGCCGCUGAAGAUGUGCUCCGUCAAACUGGUGGACUGCAGGAACCUGAUCGAGAGCAGAGGAGAAGAAACCACCGCAGAGAAACAACAACAACACACUGAUGAGGAAGAGGAGGAGAAUAAUGGGGAGGAUGAUGAUGAUGAUGAUGAUGAAGAUGAAUAUUUCAUUCUUCACGAUGUCAAUGGUGGCUCAUCUUCUGAUAGAGAUGAAAAAACAGUCUCAACAUCAAAAGAGCAGCUGCAGACCAAGAGUUUCUCCUGCAGCACCUGUGGAAAAACACUGAGUUCAGAGAGUCAUUUAGUAAGACAUGAGAGAACACACACAGAUCAGAAAGACUUCAGCUGUAAGGUAUGCAACAUCAGCUUUCCUACCACAGAAGGGUGGAGACUUCACUCAAAAGAGCACAGUGGGAAGAAGGUAUUUCACUGCGAACAGUGUGGGAAGGUUUUUUUCACCACUGCUCAAAUUAUGAAAGCUCAUAAAAAAACACACAGCGAAAAGUUUUUCCACUGCAAUGAAUGUGACAAGUAUUUCAGCACCAAAGGACAUCUUGAUGCUCAUAAGCGAAUCCACACGGGAGAAAGACCUUACAAGUGUCCUCACUGCGAGAGAAGAUUCAAUCACGGAUCUCAUCUGAGGACACAUUUGCAUUUCCACACUAAUGAGAGACCGUAUCAGUGCAGUGAAUGUGGGAAAACCUUUACAGACUCAGGCUCUCUAAAUUCACACCAGAAAAUCCAUUCUGAUGACAAACCGUUUCAGUGCAAACACUGCGACAAACGAUUCCGUCAGAUUGCUAAUCUGAAUUGUCACGAGAGGAUUCACACUGGAAAGAAACCAUAUAUGUGCGCCCACUGUGGGAAGAGUUUUUCUGAUCCAACUCAUUUCAGAGACCAUAAGCGAGUCCACACUGGAGAAAAACCAUAUCACUGCAGCAUUUGUGGGAAGAGUUUCAAGCAAAACACUAACUUAAUAAAGCAUCAGAGGAUUCAUAGCGGAGAAAGACCGUUUAAAUGCUCACAGUGUGAAAAGACGUUUACUCGAUCUGACGUCCUUAAGAUCCAUCAGCGAGUUCAUACAGGAGAGAAACCUUACUCCUGCCCCAUCUGCGGCGAGAGAUUUGCUUAUUUAGGUAGUUUUCAGACCCAUCAGAACAAACACGCUAAAGAACAAACUGCUCCAGAAUCAUCAGAGUGACUUUUCAUGUCUUGGUCUGUCAGUAAAGGCUUUAUUUCUGCAGUUGCUUUCAUCAUUCAUGCCAUGUGAUAUAUGACAAUAGCAUCAUACAAAUGAUGAUUUCAAUUUAAAACAUGAACCAUAUAUUAUAGAUCAGGUGAAUUGGAUUUCUGAGCAAUGUUCGUAGUGUGGAUAUUAAGUCCAGGAUCACUGAGUGAUUUCACUGUUCGUACAGUAGGCUAUUCCACACCAGAGAGCGAGUUGUGUUAUUUGUGUCUGUUAUUUUUCCUCAUAUAACGUUGGUGUCAAACUCAUUUCCUGGAGAGCAGCACUGCACAAUUUAGCUCCAACCCUAAUCAAACACACCUGAUCCAACUAAUCAAGCUCUUCAGGAUCACUAGAAACUUCCAAGCAGUUGUGAGUUGGAGCUAAACUCUGCAGACCUGUGGCCCUCCAAGAAUCGGAUUUAAGAAAAUAUUCUCAGAUAUGGAGGCAAAUCAUAUGAACUAUCAAUUAAAGUUUGACGUUACUUGACAUUAUUUUUUAAUAAAACAAUUAAAUAACUCAAACUACUGUUGUAUAAAUGUAGUGUUCACAGUUGUUCUGAUGUGCAGAAUAUCAGUGUUAAUUUCACAGAAGAAUGAAGAUCAGAAACUGUCAGAGAUCUACAGUAAUUCACAUGAAAUAUGUAAAAAAUGGCCAUGUAUGUAAAUUCUUAUUAUUUUGUAUUUGUGAGAAUACU